AUGCAAGAAAAUCAAUUAAAAGCCUCGUUGAGAAACUUGGGUGGGUAUAAUUUUGCAAAAUCUUGGAAAAAUGUUUCCCUAAAGAUAACAUACUCCAAUAAUAGUGAUUCGAAGAGAUUAUGGGCCAAUUAUUCCAAGUAUUUCAUAUUUUCUAGGAGUGAUGAUUUGGUCUCUGUGAUUGAAAUUCAAAGCCUUUCAAAGAACAUGGGAUCUGAUAUAUUCAAGAACUAA